CUCGCAUGAGCGAGCAAUAUGAAUGUAUAUCAUCAUCUACUGUGCCCGGGCACACAUUCACAGAUGGCAAAGACGCUGCUGAAAAUGUACGCAGUGAGCUGUGUCCGUCUCUGGGCUGCCUUGUGUCUCCUACAUACAGGUCCAUCCCACCAUACCGGGGCUUGCGCGGUGCACCCUGGCUUUCAGUCGGUGGAGGUCGGGGACAACGCGACGUUCACGAGCACCUUUCAGGAUGACUCGUCGAGUGGCGACCACCUCGAGCCACUGCCACUAUUCUGGAAAUUCUCUGUGUCUGGCAUCCAAAACAGGACCUGGCAGCGGAGAUUCGAGAAUGGCACCGUCGUUUCUGGGGUCACCUUGGUCAACGUGCAGCCGCCGUGCCAACAGUACAUCGGAAUCAUACUCUUUAAAAAUGGCGAAAUGUGUCCAGUUGCCACUCUCAACGUAACAGGCACUGUUAAGAUUAAUAAUGACGGCAAAGGCGAGGUCUUUCCCAAGGAGAAAAGCGUCCGGCAAGGAGACUCCGCAACCUUCAAGUGCAGAAUACCUGCGGAUAAAUGCCAAACGCUGAACUUAACCUGGAAGAUAUUAGCCACGGGCCAGGUGAUGUGGCAUCAAUCGACCGAGUUGCAACGGGGAGAGGGUUUUAUAUUUUCCUCGGUCACUUUCAAGAAUGUGCAUAGUCCGACCCUCGCCACCAGCUUCAUCCGAGUCAACUGCUACUUGCAUCGGGCACAAAAUACGUCCACUUUUGUGGAUACGGCUUUGCUUAAAUUUGUGGAUCUUAGUGCAAAAGGUGAACUCGCGUUUUACUUGUGCGCACUCGAUGCAUGGCAUUUAGCUGACCGUUGUUGUAAAAGGAACGUCGGUGCAAUGUUUGCAAAUUAAAAUAUCCUCUUAAGCGUAGGCAACAGAACAUUUGCACUUACCACAUUACUGGUAACUUUGAAAUUGUGCAAACUUGUCAUACAAGUUGAAUUGACAAACAUCAAUAUUCAAACGUCCUUUAAAGGGGUAAUUAACCUGAAUAUCGGUGGUACGUUAACUUAAUACACAGCGUGCUGUAUGUGGAAUUGGACUGCCAAAAACUGUACUUCAGUUGUCUGAAAAUACAAUGUGGGAUUAUGAGUGGAUUGUUUUAAUUGUACAAAACG